AUGGACAGUUGUGGGUCCCACCAUCUCCUGGACAUAGAAAAACUUGGGAAGAAAUACUCACGGAUUGAUGACCGAGGCAAUGGGGAGAAAACAUCAAUAGCCGAUCUUCACGAACAGGGGUUUUCGGAGUGGUGCCGAGACUGCCGAAUGCCACAUCAGCAAAAUGGGAGGAAGAAGCUCGAUAGAAGAAGAGAGGGAGAAGAGGAGGGUUGGUCUGCUGAGUGA